UCUCGCUCUGGGUUCCUGCUUCUAGCUUCCAUUACACCACGACACGCACCACCACCAGUUAGUAAGCGUUGUCGGUUUAAAGGCUUUAGACCACCUAACUAUAGUGUCAUGAAAAUAAGCCAAAAUAAUUUACAGUAAUAUAAUAUAUCAACUGUAUCUUUAAGGUUCAUUCAUUCGUUAAUUGACAAAAGAAGAAAAGACGAGCGAAACCUAAGGGACGUCGACAAACCGGCAAACAAAGAGAUCCCUUCUCGACGACAACAUUUUUCCUCAAUAUUCUUUAGUUAUGAGUCAUGUGGCCGUCGAAAAUUUACACGGUCUAGAACAGCAGCUUGCUGUCCUAGGCUUGAACAAUGCUGACGGGCAGGGCGGAGGCACUGGCAAUACGCCUGGUGGUUGGGACGGCGGACGCAACAACGGCUUCGUGCAGAAUGGUUACCACGACAACCGCAUGAAUGGAGGGCCCCGUACAACAGUGGCCCCCUCGCAUGGAGAGGGGCAGGGGGGUGGAGGUUUCCGCGGCGGAGGGCGUGUCCUACAACCCGGUACAGCCUAUGCAGAAUGCCGGCAUGUUUGGCUUACGACAACAAAGAUGCGGCGGCUGGAACACAACUAA